GACGCCAGUGAAAGGGCCGCCUGUGAUGGUGGUGGUGGCGGCGGCUGCUGUCAGUGCCACACGGCUGGACGCGGGAAAGCCCAAGUUGGCAGGGAUGCUGCUGACUGCUGUCCGACGCCAUGGACAAACAGCCGGCCGCCAAGCAGAGGGAAGAGGAGGGCGCUUCGAGCGGCGGCGGCGGCGGCCAAUGGCUGAUCGCCUGCUCGUGCGCCUGGAUGAACUUCUUCCACCGUGGACUGAUUCGGGGGACGGCGGUCGUGUACGUACAGCUCAUCCAGACAUUCGGUAUCACGCGGGAAGAGGCCGCAUUGCCACUCAGCCUCGUCUCCGUCAUCGGGGGAUUCUCCAGUCUCUCGGUGGGCUUCCUGACACACUAUUUGAAUGACCGGAUCCUGGUGGUCAUGGCAACGCUCAUCUCGGCCACGGGUUUGGUGCUCUGCUACACCGCCACCUCGAUGGUGCAAAUUAACUUCUACUACAGCAUCAGCCAAGGUCUUGGGACUGGCCUUGUGUUCACCCUAACGGCUGUGAUCCUGAACAACGUCUUCAAGAAGAACCGAGCCACGGCGUCGGGCAUCAACUUGUCCGGGCCGACGUUAGUGGCGUUGGUAUUUCCGCUCCUGUUCCAGUACUGCGCUCGCACCUACGGACUGCGUGGAGCAUUCCUCAUAUCGAGCGGCUUCACGCUGAACGCUCUGCCAGCUGCGUUUCUGCAGAGUCGCCGGACCCGCGAGCCACCGCAAGAGGAGCUGAAUCCGCGAUACGACUGCGAGGUCAACAUCACCGGCAGCACCUUCACGCUCAGCGACGAGAGCGCGUCCGAGAAGGGCCGAGGCAACCUGUUCGAGAAGGAGAACCUUCUAGGCGCGGCCAGAAAUAACAAUGACGAACAGGGCAAGCACGACGGUGAGCCGAACAUGGACGAAGCCAUAGUCAAGCAACCGCUCAGCGUGGACAAGGAUCGUUCAUCUAGCCUUCCUCAGGUUAAAGGAACGCUCUCGCAGAGCUCCAAGUUCUCCAACGUGGCGUCCACGUUCAAAGAGCUGCUCUGCUCACCCUACUUUCUGCUGGUCUGCCUCUCCCAGGUGUCGCACGUCUUCAACCAUGGAACAUUCAUCACCAUCAUCAUCGACUAUGCCAAAGACAAUGGCAUACCACCUGAACAAGGCAUUUAUAUUCUUUUGGCCAAUUCGGCAGGCGACCUGGUGGGCCGGCUCGGACUUGGAUGGAUCUCGGACAAGAAGCUGAUCGAGCGUCGCAAGGUGAUGCUGCUCAACUACCUGCUCACGGGCAUCCUGAUGCACCUGGCGCCGUUGUGCACCUCGUACGCCGCAGUGACGGCCAUCGCCGUUGCCAUGGCCCUGGCCGGCGGCAGCACCAUCACCCUCUUCUCGGUACUCUUCUUCGAGUACCUGGGCAUACGGCUCAUGCCGCUCGCAUACGGGCUCAGCAACUUCGCCGCCGGAAACGCGAACUUCUUCAGGCCCAGUGUCAUCGGUUAUUACCGGGACUCGCACGGGAAAUACGAUGGCUUGUUCCAGCUGCUGGGAAGCUUUCAACUGUUCGUCUCUUUCCUUUGGCUGCUAUCGUGUGUCUGCGAGAAGAUCAAGCGGUCGAGAGACGCUUCGAAGCACCAGCAGGACGUGUGAAUAGUACCUGCAAUCCGGCCAACCAAAUAAAGUCCAGUCGGACAUUUUGGUAACAUCCGAUGUCGGGCUGGUCAGUGCAUAGCUCGCAGCAGUUUGUGCGCCUUUUCUAUUCCAUUGAGCAAUCCAGGAAAUGCUUCGUCCAUUGAAACGACUAAGCAGGAUGUCUUGUCUCGUGCACGAUACCACCUGGUUGCAUGUUUUGUUUAACAUAAGCACUGCAAAAUCUUGGCUGUAUGAACUGGUACCGCCCACUAUUCCCG